AUGAAUCCCAGAAUGACGAAGGAGGGAGUGAGAUCGUGGAUACUGAUUCAAGAAAAAGGAGCAGAGUACCAAGCAUUGGUCGUUCGUGGUGGUGACGACAACAAUUUUGAUGUACGCCAAGCUAGUAAAGGGGAGGCCAACACAUGUACCACAGAUGGGUGGGGAAGAAAGAGGAUUAGAUGGAGAGAUGGGGAAGCAGAUCGAGUAGCAGGGGUUCGAGAGAUGAAGGAAGGGGAAGCUUUAGCAGGGAUCGAUAACUAUAUCUUUGGUUUGGUCAACUAA